UCUUUACCAAUUGGCUAAACUAACUUUUUUUAUGUAAGGAUUAAAAAAAUUCUUUUAUAUAAAAAAAAAAAAAAAAUCAAAAUGAAGGGAAAGUUAAUUGGAUUAGGAAUAUCAUUAAUCCUUAUAGCUGGUGUAGCCUUUGGUCUUGUAAUGCUCGUUCGUCAUACAAAUAGUAGUAUAACGAAAAACCAUAAGCAAGAUCCUUUAGCGACCGCCAACAAAGCAGUUCAAGCUAUUUGUAAUCCAACAGAUUACAAAGAAGCAUGUGUUCAGAGCCUGGGUUCUGUUGCUAACAACCAAACUGCUACCCUGAAAGACUAUAUCAAUGUUGCCAUAACAGCCACUAUUAAUGCUGUUAAAGAAGGUAUACAAAACUCAGAUUCUAUAGGGAAACAAGCCAAUGACCCUUUGAAUAAAAUGGCGUUUCAGGAUUGUAAGGAGUUGUUACAGCUUGCUACGGAUGAGUUACAGUCUGUACUUCAUGAUGCAACUGAUGUUAAGCUGUCUACCAUGAAGGAAAAGGAAGACGAUUUGAAGAAUUGGUUGACUGCUACUGUUGCGUAUCAACAGUCGUGUAUUGAUGGUGUUGCGAAUUCUGAUUUGAAAGAUAAGAUGAAUAAAGCUCUUCAAAAUGCGACUGAAUUAACCAGUAAUAUGCUUGCUGUUAUUUCAGAGAUUAGUCCCAUUUUCAGUAGUUUUGGGAUUAAUACUAAUGUCAGUUUUAGCUCUCGCCGACUCCUUAAUACAAAUCAAAAUAAUAAUAAUAAUAAUAAUAAUAAUAAUGUCCCUAAGCUUGGUAAAGAUGGAUAUCCGACUUGGUUUACAAAAGAGGAUAGGAAAUUGGUCGGAAGGGUUAACACAAACAAUCCAAAACCAAGUGUAAUUGUGGCUCAAGAUGGAAGUGGACAGUUUAAGACCAUUUCUCAAGCAGUUGCAGCAUAUCCAAAGAAUCUACAAGGAAAAUAUGUUAUUUAUGUGAAAGCAGGGCUAUACAAUGAACAAGUACUUAUUACUAAAGAUCAAACUAACAUCUUUAUGUAUGGAGAUGGACCUCGUAAGACCAUUGUCACCGGAAGAAAAUGUUUUACCGAUGGUGUCAGCACAUACCAAUCUGCUACUUUUGCUGUAAUUGGAAAUGGUUUUAUCGGUAAAUCGAUGGGAUUUCAGAACACAGCAGGUCCUGAGGGACACCAAGCAGUGGCACUAAGAGUACAGUCAGACAUGUCUGCGUUUUAUAAUUGCAGAAUGGAUGGAUAUCAAGACACCCUUUACCCACAAGCACACAGACAGUUUUAUCGCAACUGUGUGAUUUCAGGCACAGUAGACUUCAUAUUCGGAGAUGGUAGCGCAAUCAUACAAAACUCCCUUAUAGUAGUCAGAAAGCCUAUGGAUAAUCAGCAGAACACAAUCACAGCACAAGGAAAGAAAGAUAAACGUGAAAUGUCAGGAAUUGUGAUCCAUAACUGUAGAAUUGUACCUGAACAAAAGCUGUUUGCUGAUAGAUUUAGACUCCCAACUUUUUUGGGUAGGCCAUGGAAGGAAUACUCAACAACAAUAAUCAUGCAGUCUAUGCUUGCUGAUUUUAUACAACCAGCAGGGUGGAUGCCGUGGGCUGGUACCUUUGCUUUGGAUACAUUAAACUAUGGUGAGUUUGCUAAUCGAGGUCCUGGUGCUGAUACUAGUAGAAGGGUUAGAUGGAAGGGUUACCAUGUUAUUACAAAUAAAGAUGAGGCUAUGAGAUAUACUGUUGCUCCUUUUAUUCAAGGACAAUUAUGGCUUCCUUCUUCAAGUAUGCCGUUUCUUCUAGGCUUAAAGAAUUAACUAUGUAACAUUAUGCUUUAUGCACAUUCUUCUUCUUCUUCUUCUUCUUCUUCUUCUUCUUCUUCUUGUAAAAGGUUGUUUGAACAUUAUAAUGAUACUUGUUGCCUUUUUUCUAUAA